GUGUGUACUUAUUAUCUACCAAUAUAGUACUAGGUGCUUAACCAAUUUGAUUACUCUUUUAACUAGUCAAUUUUCUACAAAUAUUAUUUAUACAGUACGUCUAUUUUUCGUGAAUGUUUUUGUCAAAGCACUCCGUGUGUAUUCAUUGAGAAUAGAAUUCGUAAAUAAUUUUUCUUAUUAAUACAAUUACAUCUUAACUAUGGAAGUGAACAAAGAUGAGGCUUAUCGAUGUUUAGAUCGUGCUCAAUAUUAUAUCAGUGAAGGUGACAUCGAAAAAGCAGAAAAAUUCAUUAAUAAAAGCAAAAGACUUUUUCCUACUUCUGAUGCAGAUGAACUUUUAAACAAAUUAAAAAGUCAAGGAGCAAGAAAAAAUUCUACUUCUAAUGUAAAAGCUGAUGGACAAAAUACCAAGAAACGUAAAAUUACACCACCAGGUAGUCCUAGAUCAGAUAGAGCUAAUCAGCCUACGUAUACAAAAGCCCAGUUGGACAUUGUUAAAAAAGUUAACAAUUGCAAAGAUUUUUAUGAUGUUCUUAACAUAAAAAAAGAUGCUACUGAUAACGAUAUAAAAAAAGCAUAUAAAAAGUUAGCCCUAGUAUUACAUCCAGAUAAAAAUCAUGCACCAGGAGCAGCUGAAGCUUUUAAAACUGUAGGUAAUGCUGUUGCUACUUUGACUGAUGCAGAAAAAAGAAAACGAUAUGAUAAGGUUGGUCAUGAAAGUAUGACUUCUGAUCACGUACAUAGAAAUUAUGAUCAUGGGUUUGAAUCGGAUAUUACAGCUGAACAACUAUUCAAUAUGUUCUUUAAUGGAGCUUUUCCAACAAGACAGGGACCAAUGACUAAUCCAUAUUAUACUCGAUCAUUUUCAAGGCGCUGGCCACCUGAUUCUGACAAUGACAAUCAUCAUCAACAACAGGAAUCAUCCAGUAUAUAUUUUCAACUAUUACCAAUUCUUCUACUAUUGUUGCUGUCAUUAUUUUCAAAUUUUUCUUAUGAUCCUGUGUACAGUUUAAAACAUUCUUCAAAAUAUCCCGUUCAUCGUCAUACAUCAUUUAGAGAUAUUUCAUAUUAUGUAAAAGAUAAUUUUCAUACGGACUAUACUGGUGAUUUAAGACGUUUAGAGCAUACCAUUGAAGAAGAUUAUAUAAAUACAGUUCGCACCAAAUGUAUACGAGAAAAAGAAUAUUAUGAGUCCUUAAUGUGGAGAGCACGCUUAAAUGACGAUUCUACCUUAUUUAAUAAAGCAAGUAAAUACCAAAUGAAAUCUUGUGAAGAGUAUCAAACAUUAAUGAAACAAAAGUAUAAGUAAAUUUAUAUUUUUAUAAUAUUACUUAUUUAUGUUUUGUUUUAUGUAAAUAAUCAAUAUAGAUGUUUAUGUAAAAUGUGCACGGUGUGGAAUUAUCAAUGAGCACAUUUUACUAAAUCUAUAAUAUAAAAGUAGAUAGAAAUAGUAAAAUGUAAUAUUCGUGUUUCAAUAGCAUUCUUAAAGUAGUACAAUUAUACAAAGUGUUUAGAAUGUUCCACACAUAUAUAAUUAAUUUUAAUAUUCUAUGCUAUAAAAACAAAUAUUUUUUUUUGUGUUUGAAAACAAAGUCC